AAAGUCCAAGCCAGGAGCGAGCGACGUGCGUGCAGGCAGAGGCAAGGAUGUCGGGGGCACAGGGGGCGCACCCGGUGGGGCAGACGACGCCGACGACGUACGAGUCGGUGGGCGGCGGCGAGAACCGCACGCGCACGGACCUGAGGUCGCGGGAGGACCAGGGCAACAUCCAGAUCGAGAAGGUGCAGGACAAGGUGGAGGACGCCGCGUCGCGCAAGGUCGACGACCGCGCCUUCGCCGCCAGGAAGGAGCCCGGCCAAGGCGGCGACUCCGGGGCCACCGGCACCGGCGCCUGAUCUGUUGUGAGCCCUGGCCUGCUGCUCCGGUGCUCCGUCGUUAGGGAACUGGCGU